AUGUACCGCAACGACCCCCUCGCCAUGUACAACCAAGGCCUGCUGUCGCGAGGCGGCCGCCCUCGCCGCUUCGACGAGUACUACCGCUGCUACCCAGUCCUCAUGAAGACCGACCGUCAAGACGUCAUCCACGGCGGCAAGGUCUACCUGCCCGCCUCUGCCCUCGACAAGCUCACCCAACUGCACAUCACCUACCCCAUGCUCUUCGAACUCAUCAACGGCGCAAAGCAAACAAAGACGCACGCCGGUGUCCUCGAAUUCACCGCAGAAGAAGGCAAAAUCUACCUCCCCAACUGGAUCAUGCGAUCGCUGCUGCUGGAUCCUGGAGACCUGUUGCAGAUCAAAUCUACAGACUUGCCUUCUGGUUCCUUCAUCAAGCUGCAACCGCAAAGUCCUGCUUUCCUCGACAUCUCGGACCCCAAAGCUGUGCUGGAGAAUGUAUUUCGCAGCUACUCCUGCCUGACCAAAGGCGACAUCUUCUCCUUCAACUACGUCGAUCAAAUCCACGAAGUCGCCGUCCUCGAAGUAAAACCAGACAAGGACUCCCACAGCAUCAGCGUCCAAGAAACAGAUCUGAGCGUCGACUUUGCCGCCCCGGUCGGUUACGUAGAACCAGAGCGCAACAGCGGCACCUCCACACCUUCUCAGGUCAAGAACAUGGGCGGCGCUCUGCACACCCAAGGCACAAUGGCCCAAGCGAUAAACUACGAUGCCAUUGCCCCUUCCUCCACCGACGCCGCAACCGGCCACGCGGCAGCUGCCUCCCACUUCCUCUCCCAAGGCCACCGCUUGGUCGCAAAGAAAGGCAGCAAAACCGCAACGCCCUCCUCGACCGGCACUUCUACCCCUGCUGCUCAACAAACAGUGGGAAUACCUGGUAUGGCCAAGACUCAGCCUCGUAGAAAUGGCCCUCAGCCACUGCGUUUGGAGCCGAACAAGUUGUUCUUUGGCUACGAGGUCAAGCCCAAGCCUGCGAAGAAAGACGAAGGCCAAGAGGAGCAACACCAGAAAAAACACUUUUUCUCAGGUGAGGGACAGACUCUUAGGAAGAAGAAAUGA